AUGACAUUUGAUGCAGGGAAAAAGAAACAUGAAGCAAGAAACAUAAUAUCAUUCUGGAUAUUUGGUCUCUGCAACAAUUUCACGUUCAGCAUGAUGUUAAGUGCAGCUCAGGAUAUUCUCGCUAGGAAACAACAUUCAACACAAUUCAGUCAUAAUGUGACGGAUCUUUGCAUCCCUGAAAUCACCUACCGAGUCUGUUCACCUACUUCUGCUGGUGUUGUUCUAUUGUGUAAUAUUGUCCCAGCGCUUAUGGUUAAGCUAAUGUGCCCAUUCGUUAUGCACUGGGUACCGUACGGGAUUCGACAUUUGAUUAUCUGUACGCUUCAAGUGACUUCGCUGCUGAUGACCGCAUUUGCAAAAUCCGUUCCGGCCGCACUUCUAGGAGUAUGCGUUGCGUCGCUUGCUGGAGGAUUGGGUGAAAGUACAUUCCUUGGAUUAGCUGGACAUUAUUCCAAACACACAAUUGCCACAUGGUCAUCCGGAACCGGUAUGGCUGGCUUGAUCGGUGCAUUUUCGUACGCGGGCAUGACCGAUGCACGACUUCUUGCCCUAACCUCAACGGGUGCAAUGCUUGUGAUGCUGGUUAUGCCAGCAAUUUUCGCUUUCACGUACUAUAUGGUUCUCAUAAAACCACCGUCUGUUCGUAAAAUUAGCGCGAAUCGUCCUAGCGAAUGGUUCAUGAACGGGCAAACAGAAAAAAAGGUCCCACCACCUGCGUCGGAUGCUGAAAAUUCUAGCGUACAAUUCACUGGUUUGAAUAGUGUAUUGGAACAGAUGAGAGUAGUUAAGAGCCUAUUACGAUACAUGAUUCCAAUGUUUCUUGUCUAUGUGGCCGAAUACCUAAUCAAUCAAGGAUUGCUGGAGCUGACAAUCUUCGAUUGUGCGCAUGGUUUUGGAAAUAGUCCUGCAAGUCAGUAUCGGUGGUAUCAGGUAAUGUAUCAAGUGGGCGUGUUCGUCUCACGUUCAUCGCUGAAACUCAUACAAUUCAAUAUGACCUCAAUUGCUCUAAUGCCACUACUUCAACUACUAAACACAAUAUUUCUCACAUUCAACGCGAUCUACUCGAUUGUACCUCAUUUUGGUAUCCUCUGUGCCAUAAUCCUAUACGAAGGCCUCAUCGGUGGUGGUUCCUAUGUGAACACAUUCCAUCAUAUCCAUAAAAAGGUGGAUCCGUCAAUACGUGAAUUUGCGUUAUCCACCGUUUCACUUGCGGAUACGGUAGGGAUUCUUGUGGCUGCUCUCAGCGCAAUCCCUCUUCAUAACGCGAUAUGUGCAAUGCAAUGGUACUCAUAG